AGUUCACAAUAUCAACUAGGACUUUGAGAGUAGAGACAAACAAACGUCCUGCUACGCAAAAAUGGUGUCUCUCCAUUGUCCGUUCCAAAGUAUUGUAGGGUUUCAUCGUCCCCUUCACAGACCUCAAACUUCCUUCAUUACUUCUACACGCGAUGCCUUUCCUACCCAGUUCAAUUUCAGAUUCAACAAUGUUUUGAGUGUACAUCUAAGGCAGAGACUACUACCUAUAUCAAAAUCAAGCACCAAUCCUUCAGGAGGACCAGAGAAAAACAAGGAUGCAUCAAGCCCACCAUUAGCCACCAUUUUGGCUGGUGUCUUAGUCUUUUGUGCCGUCUGUUGGAUCGUAGGAUCUAUUGUAAUCUGGCUCAUAAGUCUCAUAACUAAUGUCCCGCCAUCAAAAUAAAACCAGAGUGUGCAUUGUAGUUUGUUUGCGCUUUGAUCACUAGCUAGACAAAGCCAUCUUUUGAUUGCAGCCUAAAUAGUGAUGCUUUCCUUUAUGUUACCAAGUGUGAGAUAAAUACUGAGUUGCUAAUUAUUUCUAACAAUGCUGAAACAUUUGUGGAGUU